CUAAAAUACUUUGUUCCUCUGUCUGUUUUUUACCCUAUAUCUGUUCAUAUUCUUACAGGAGAGAGCCCCAACCCAGACUCAGUCAACGAGCCCAGUUCCACAGCAUCAAGACUGCCUGGUUGUGGGAGUUACCCCUGUCCUCAAUGUGGGAAGUGUUUCAGUCGAGCAGGAGACCMGAAGACUCAUCAGAGGUCGCACAGUGGAGAGAAGCCUCACCAAUGCUCUCUUUGUGGGAAGUGUUUCAGUCGAGCAGGAGGCCUGAAGACUCAUCAGAGGUCGCACAGUGGAGAGAAGCCUGCCAGUACUUUCAAUGUGAUUAUCAAAGAGGAGGAGGGUAACUGUACUCUCAAUGUGAUUGUCAAAGAGGAGGAGGAUGAGAAGGAAAAGAGAGGAGUUGAGGAAGAGAAGGAAACUAGUGGUGUAGUUGACCCAGAUACAUCAAGACUUCGUGGUCGUUACCCCUGUCCUCAAUGUGGAAAGAGUUUCAGUUCCUCAGGUAAUCUAAAGAAUCACCAGAGAGUUCACACUGGAGAGAAACCUUACCACUGCUCCCAAUGUGGAAAGGGUUUCGGUCYAGCAGGAGGCCUGAAGASUCAUCAYAGAUCGCACAGUGGAGAGAAGCCUCACCACUGCUCUCUUUGUGGAAAAGGUUUCAGUCGAGCAGGAGACCUGAAGACUCAUCAGAGAUCGCACAGUGGAGAGAAGCCUGCCAGUACUUUCAAUGUGAUUGUCAAAGAGGAGGAGGAUGAAAAGGAUAUCGAUGAGAAGGUAAAGAGCGAAGUUAAGGAAGAGCAGGAAACUAGUGGUGUAGUUGACCCAGAUACAUCAAGUCUAUCUGCUCGUGGUCGUUUCCCCUGCCAUCAGUGUGYGAAGAGUUUCCGUUCCUCAGGUAAUCUAAAGAAUCAUCAAAGAGUACACACUCGAGAGAAACCAUUUCACUGUGUCACAUGUGGGAAGAGUUUCCGUGAAAAAUUCAAUCUCACGAGACAUAAGAAGGUACAUAGUGGGGAGAAGCCUUAUCACUGCAKCCAGUGUGGGAAAAGCUUCAAUCGUUCUGGAAGUCUUAAGGAACACCAAAGAGUACAUACAGGGGAGAAGCCUUACCACUGCUCUCUUUGUCGGAAGAGUUUUAGUCAGCCAGGAAACCUUAAGAAACACCAGAGAAUACAUACAGGGGAGAAGCCUUACCAUUGCUCUCUGUGUGGAAAUAGUUUUUGUUUCGCUGGAAACCUAAAGAAUCAUCUGAGAUCACACUGUGGAAAGAAGCCUUACCACUGCUCUCAGUGUGGMGAGGGAUUCCCUCAACUAAAAAGUCUUAAAAGCCAUCAGAAAAUGCAUAUUGGAGAGACACCUCCCUCUACUUUCAAUGUGAUUGUCAAAGAGGAGGAUGGUGACUGUACUUUCAAUAUGAUUGUCAAAGAGGAGGAGGAUGGGAAGAAAAUUGAUGAGAAGGAAAUGAGAGAAGUUGAAGAGGAGGACAAUAGUGGUGUAGUUGACCCAGAUACAUCAAGACUGCCUGAUCGUGGUCGUUACCCCUGUCCUCAAUGUGGAAAGAGUUUCACUUCCUCAAGUAAUCUUAAGAAUCAUCAAAGAGUACACACUGGAGAGAAACCUUUCCUCUGCUCACAAUGUGGGAAGAGUUUCAGUGAAAAAGUCAACCUUAAGAGACACGAAAGAGUACAUAGUGGAGAGAAGCCUUACCACUGCACCACAUGUGGGAAGAGCUUCAAUCAUUCAGGAAGCCUUAGAGAUCACCAGAGAAUUCAUACAGGGGAGAAACCUUACCACUGCUCACUGUGCGGAAAUAAUUUUCGUUUUGCUGGAGACCUAAAGAAUCAUCAGAGAUCACACAGUGGAGAGAAGCCUUAUCACUGCUCUCGGUGUGGAGAGGGAUUCACUCAGCUAAGAAGCCUAAAAAGUCAUGAGAGAAUAUCCAUUGGAGGGAAGCCUUCCUGUGCUUUCAAUGUGAUUGUCCAAGAAGAGAAAUAAGUUGAGGGAGAGGAGCGUGAUGUGAAGUGAGGAUACAUAAGCAACUCUAUAAGUAUUGAAAUUCACACUAAAACCUUGCAAUUGUGUCUUUUGUGACAACAUGGUCAUGGGCAGCACCAUUUAGGGCUAUCUUCAUCUUCUUACUCUUUAUGAGUGUAUUGGAAGUUCACAAAUAGGCCUGUAUCGGAGCUGAGUCUAUAUAGGCCUUUAUACUGAGCUGAGUCUAUAUAUGCCUGUAUACUGGGCUGGUCUAUAUAGGCCUGUAUACUGGGCUGAGUCUAUAUAGGCCUGUAUACUGGGCUGAGUCUAUAUAGGCCUUUAUACUGAGGCUGAGUCUAUAUAGGCCUGUAUACUGGGGCUGAGUCUAUAUAGGCCUGUAUACUGGGGCUGAGUCUAUAUAGGCCUGUAUACUGGGGCUGAGUCUAUAUAGGCCGUAUACUGGGGCUGAGUCUAUAUAGGC